CGGCGAACUGUCUUCUGAUUAGUGUGCACUGGCUCCUAACGGCACCGCCGCUGCACGGACAGGGACACCCGAGAGUGAGGCACAUCUGAAUGGCAGAAGAAUGGCUGUGAAGCAGAACGCUCAGGAACGCAUCCUACAACUUGAAGAAGAAGUAAGCAGCCUAACAGAAGAACUAUCCCAGUGCCAGGCUGACAAAGAGUUUGUGUGGUCACUAUGGAAGCGUCUUCAAGUGUCCAAUCCAGAUCUCACUCAAGCCAUUACGUUGGUAGUUGACAGGGAAAAAAAUAAAGCCGAGACCAAAGACAGAAAAGUUCUGGAAAUCUUGCAAACGAAGGACAGCAAAAUACAGGAGCUAGAACAGAGAGCAUCAGGACAACAGCAGGAGAUCAACAACCUUGUCCAGAGAAAGAUUGCUGUAGAUGAAGAAAUUGCUUUACUCAGAAAGGAAGUCGAUGACCUCCAACAAAAAUUAAAAGAUAAAAGUCAAGAGCUUAAGAGCACAAAGCAGAACUCCCAAAAAGAAGAGGAGCAAAGGGCAGCCAUUUUUGAAAAUUUGGAGGAUGAGAAGGAGAAUUUAAGCAAGAAAUGUGCUGACCUGCUCGGUGACCUGGAGAAAGCUCGAAAGCAGGAGGCACAGUGGAGAGCAGAGAAGUCUGGCAUUGAUGCCAAAAUGAAGGCUUUAGAAUUGAAUUUAAAAGAAGCUGGUAACCAGAUGGAGGCCAUGCAUAAUAAAAUAAAUGGCCUGUCGUCACAGGUCGCUGUCAAGCAGGCUGAGCUGGCACAGAGAGAGCUUGAUGUGGCCAGACUACGAAAGGAGUUGCAAGAACUUCAGAACCUUUACAAGCAAGGCAAUGAGCAUGCUGCACAGCAGGCAGAACUUAUCCAGCAGCUACAGGCACUCAAUGUGGACACGCAUAAAGUACUGAGGAGCCAAGAAGAUGCCCACAUCACAGAGACUAUCUCCUAUCAUAAACUUUAUAAUGACUUGAAUGCAUGUUAUGAAACAGCAAAGUCCAGUGAGACUCAACUGCGGCAAAGUAAUAUUGCUCUUACUGAGCUGCUACAUCAAAAGGAACAGAAUAUUAGUCAACUGCAAGUGAAACUGCAAGAGGCCUUCAAUGCAUUACCCAAGUCACCUCAAGAACCUCAGGACUCGGAACACCCAUCCCUGGUGGAACUGGAACUCAUAAUAGCUUCACAGAAAUCAGAAAUAAACUUUCUACAGGACAGACUUAAAGCAGUGGAUCUGACGUUAACACAAGUAAAUAAUUGUAGAAGGGAUGCACUUGAGAGCAGCAUCCUGAGGGCUGGGAGAACACAUAAGGUGCAACCUGGGAAACGUUCAAGGUCUUUGUCCCCAAAGGGCUUUUCCAGAGAAUCAGAAGAGUUAAAGAAGCUUAAGAUAGCAGAAAAGCGGAUGGAACAGUUAGAGAAGACAUUGCAGAUUAAGGUUCAGGAGAAUGUCGAUCUACGAAAAGCACAUGAGCAACGAAAGCAGAGGUUAUUAACAUUGCAGACUGCUUACAGGACCCUUAAAGAGCAAAUGGAGCAGAAUGAGCAUGAAGCAGGCAGGAAGAAGUCUCAUAAGAAUCGGCCUACACGAGCAGAUCCUUCUCAACUUAGACAAGAAGACUCUGAUGCAGUUUGGAAUGAACUUGCUCACUUCAAAAGGGAAAACAAAAAGCUACUGGUUGAAAAAUUGAAUUUGGAAGAAGAAAUAGAUCAGCUUAAAGUGCAGACUUCAGUAGACAAAGCCACAAUACAAGAAUUGAAUGUUUGUCUUCAGCAAGAACGAGAAGAGUUGCUGAUUGAAAUUGACAAAGAAGAAGAAAUCAGGAGCAGUACUCCGAAGAAAUUGAUAGGAGAGAAUGCACAACUUACUUUGAGAAAGGUAAGCUGUUUGGAAAAAAGAUUGAGUUACCUAGAGCUUGUGGCAAAGAAAUUAAAGGAGUCUAAUGAAGAGUUAACAGAAGAGAAUGUCUUCCUAAAGACAUCUAUCAAUUGCCUUCAAAAGCAUGCAGAUUUAAAAGAGCAAAAGCUGCAGGAAGUGAAUUGGGAAGUUUUGGAAGUAAACCAAGUCAGAGAGACUCUCGAGAAGGAAAACUAUGACCUGAGUAGAGAAGUCACAUCCCUGAAGAAACAUUUGGCAGGCAGCAACAAGCUGAGAAGUAAAAACCGUGAACUGGUAAAGCAAGUUCAUUUCCUACAGUGCACGCUAGACAAGGCCAUAGUGUCAGCUGCUGCCGUCCCAAAAGAAGUGAAUAGGCAAGGCCGAAGAAAAGAAUUGGGAACCAAGGUUAAACAAAAUGAAGCCAAGAAGAUCUCCCUAAGACGUCACCAGGCUUUUCUUAAUCAAUCCAUCAAGGUUAUGAGCAGAGUGUUUGAGAACUUUAGCAAAGACGGCUGGGAGGAUGUGAGUGAAGACAGUGAUGUUGAGAGCGAAUCAUCUGAGAGUAUGGAACAAGUUAUUGUUAAAACGGAUCUACAAACUUCGAGCUCUGCAGAGGACAGAAGUGCUGUGGAAGAACGAAACCGUGAGGAGCGUCAACAUGCUGCCUGGAGAGUGAAAGAUUGCAUAUCUGGCAGGAGAUCCAGGAAGAUUAACCGAAAAAGAUACAAUUUCACGUUAAAGAAUUAUCCAUCAACAGUGCGAGUACAGAGAGAAGUGAGGCAGAAAAGUUGCCCUGGUCCGUCACUGACAUCGUUGCUGGGACGAGUUGCAUCUUUACAACACCAAGUAUCGGUGUUACAUAAAGGGAAGCAGGCAGCAAUUGCUUCCAUGAACGAGCUGAAGAAAGCUAAAAUAAAACUAGCGUCAGAACUGCAGCUGGCACACCAAAGACUUCAAAUCAGCAAGCAGAUGGCCAAGAAGUUGUGUUCAGAUUUAGAUGGCAUUCAGCGGGAAAAAGAAAAUUUAGAAAAAACGGUAGAGCAGAUGACUGAACAGCUGUCCCAAGCCAAAAGGUCCUUGGAGAUGGUGAACCCAGUGGCCUUAGAUCAACCUGCAGUGACUCCAUUAACACCCUCUAAAGCUACAGAUGUGGAAAUGAAGCAACUCCAGACCAAAGUAAAGAACAUGACUGUUGAAAUGGCAAAACAGUCCACGACAAUUAAAACCAUGAAGAAUGAAGUCCAGGAAAAGGAAGAACGAAUUUGGGAAUUGCAGGAAAGGGUGACUCGGAUGGAAAGGGAUGUCAACAUGAAAAGGCAUUUGAUAGAGGAUCUGAAAACCCGUCUGAAAACCUACCAGGAAAACGAGAGACCGAGCAAAGAAAUGUUGGAAAGUCUUGAAAGGAAGCUAAAGACAGUGACAGAGGAAUGCUCUCACAAGAAGACCUCAGUUGACUCAUUGAAACAGAGGCUCAGUGUCAUUACCAAGGAAAAGGCGAAGUAUGAGCAGAUGUACUACAAAAUAAAAGAAGACUUAGACACAAAGAAAGGAAAAGUCACUGACUUGGAAAGUAAAGUGACUGAAGCUGAACGCACAAUGUCUGAACUGGAAAGGGCAGCGACGCAACAACUGCACAACUUAGCAAUGCAGAGCGAGCAAGCCUUGGAGGGGUUACAGAACAAAGUCUUCCAUGGCAAUAAGCGGAUUGAUGAGUUUGUCACAUUCGUAAAGAGCUUGGCAAAAGAACUUCAAGUGGAUGUGUGUGAAAGGAGAACUCUUCUUAGACAAGCCAAAAUAUUGCAAGAGUCUGUAAGUGGUCCAUCCAAACAGUCUGUACACCGAGCCCAGUCACUGGCAGCCAGCAUCCUCAACAUCUCACAGUCUGACCUCAGUGAUAUACUAGAGACCCCAGGUGAAGAGGAAAUAGCAAAUGUGAAGCGGUCAGUAGAAUAUGAUAAAGAAUGGAUGAACCACAUAAUGAAGCUUCUUGAAGGACAGAUUCCCUUUGCAUCUUACCUAAUAGGGGCUAUCAGAACUAAACUUGGGGAGAAACAGACACUAACAGAAGAAUAUAUUGUGUUAAAGACAAAGGAUUCCAGGUGACUGUUGAGAAAAUGAAGUGAUGGAGACAGGAAACAAUGUGAUCCAGAAACCAGAAAGGACUGCACUGAUGUGAUAUUACUACGCGCCGCAAUCUGCGACUUCUCCCUGCUCACUCCAGGUCUAAUUAAGUGGGUGUGGCGGGGAAACAGGGGUAGAAAAGUUCUAAAUGUAAGACAGCUAGGAAGUUGUCUUACUUUUAGAAGCGGCGGUGAAUCCGCCAGAGCCUCGUCAUAACUCCGGCGGAUCCACCUCCACAGAAAAAGGUUUUAGACGCCAAUCUUAAUAAAUGUGCCCCACUGUGUUUACGACUUUUUUAACGCCACUUGUGUGUCUCUGCCACCCUCCUGAAAAGGGGGCGUGACGAGGGCAUAAAAGAAGACUGAAAUCUAUAGGUACUUUCACACUAGCGUUUUUCUUUUCUGGCACUGAGUUCCGUCAUAGGGGCUCAAUACCGGAAAAGAACUGAUCAGUUUUAUCCCCAUGCAUUCUGAAUGGAGAGAAAUCCG